AUGGUGGACAGUCAAAACCCUACAAUGCUGGAAAGAUUUUCUCCACAUGCUUUGGAUAUAGAAGAAGCGAAUCGACUUGGAGAGGAAUACAAAAAUAACGGACCCUACAAUCAUGCUGUGAUUCAGCCAGUAAUCAAUGAUACUUUAUUAAGAAAUGUUCGUAAAGAACUUAUGAACAAUAUUCAUUAUACAGAAAAGGUCACGGAUAUCUAUCGUGUAUGGCAAACAGGAGAUCUAGCCAACUUGGACGGCCUUGACGAAAAUGAGAAAGACAUGCUCAAAUAUUUACAUCAACUUCGUGAUGCUCUUUAUUCGGAGGAAUUUCGCGGGCACAUCCAGAGAAUUACUGGAUGCGGUCCUUUGUCUGCCAGUAAGAAGGAUUUGUCUGUAAAUGUAUAUGCCAAGGGUGGUCAUCUUAUGAACCAUGAUGAUGUUAUUGGAACUCGCUGUAUCUCCUACAUCCUAUAUUUAGUUGAACCAGAUGAAGGCUGGAAGUCAGAGUAUGGUGGCGCUCUUCGCUUAUAUCCCACUUUGCAACCCUCAUUCCCUGCUGCUGAUCACUGUAAACGCAUACCUCCUCAAUGGAACCAACUCUCUUUCUUCCGCGUGAAGCCAGGUCACUCGUUCCAUGAUGUGGAGGAAGUCUUCGUUGAUAAACCACGUAUGGCUAUUUCUGGUUGGUUUCAUUAUCCCCAACCCGGUGAGUUUGGCUAUAAUCCCCAAAACGUUGAUAACGCCAUUUCUACCUUACAAUCACUGAAUAUGAAGAUGGAUUUGGAAUUGCCUAAAAUUUCGAAAUUUCCAGUGGUGAAACCCGAAAUAUUGUCUCAGGAAGACACCAAAGUCCUUUCAAAGUACCUUAACCCUUUGUAUACUACAGCUGAAGGUAUUGACAUGCUUUCUAAACGCUUUUUUAAAGACUCUGCUAUUGUGCUUGUCGAAUUCUUGAAUCCCGAAUACUCAAAGCAGUUGUUGAAGCUUAUCGUCAAUGCCGAGAAACAGCCUACUCCUACCCAUUCUUCUGAAGUUUCCUAUCCUUGGAAGACUGCUAUUCCUCCUCAUAAACACCGUUAUCUUUAUCUAGACCACGAAGAGCAAGGUCCCGAUGUUUUGCUUCCUAUGGAUUUGCAACGUCUUCCUGCCUUCCAGCGCUGGGUUCAAUUAGUAAGUGGCCUUCCGUUGGAAUCUUUCUACCAAAUUGGCCGUCGAUUCCGUCCUAGUUCCGACUUUACCUUAGCUUCAACCAAUGAAACACCAACUCUCGAAGCUACUUUAUGCCUGUCUCCUGGUACAGAUAUUGCUAAUACAGAGAACGGUGCUUACAGUGUGUAUAUGAUUGGUGACGAAGAUCCUGAUGCUGAUGCCGCUGUUUACAAAGGUGAUCAACAGGAUGAUAGUAUCUUACUUUCACUUCCCGCUGCUUGGAAUGUUUUCUCUUUGGUUUAUAGAGAUGAAGGUGUUCUUGAGUUUGUGAAAUAUGUUGCUCAUACUGCCGGCUCAAGCCGUUGGGACAUAUUCUCCCAAUGGAACCCUAUUCCUGAGUAA